GUCGCAAUUAUAAUGUUAACUUUUAUUUCUUUUGAAAUUUAUUGCUUGAACUAAAAAAGAAUAAGUUUUUUCCCCCUUCAUUUCAGGAAAUACCAAACAUGAGGACGAGUCGUUAAAGGCGGCGGGAUUGGAAAAUCGCGAUUAGACGGACCUGGGCUCUCGUUUACAGGGGGAAAAAAAACAGUAUCUGGUUCAUGCGAGCUCGCAUUCAUACAAUUUUUAUUAACUUUUUUACAAGUUUUAAACAAAUGUUUCGUUCUAUUAUUAAAUAUAAAAUUUAUAAGGUUUAAAAAUUUAAACGAUCUGCUUCCUUUGUUCGAUGCAUUUGCUUUGUGAGUGUAAUGUUGGAGUUACUGUUGAUUUUGCUUUUCUCACAGGUUGGCGAUAGAAAUUUUUUAAUUUUCUAAUUCUCUUGUUUAGACACCAAAGGCCGAGUACGAGAAUGCAACAUUUGGCCUUUUUGCAACGCAUAUUUUAGACAGACUCGGUCUCCAAGUAACCAACUGUAGCAGAAUUCAUACCAACCAUCCACUGUUGAGAUUCAAGCCUGUAUCACACCGUUGGGAUGCGAACGCUCUAUCCCCUAAAUCACCAUUAGGUGUUAGCCAGGAAUCAACCUACGUGAUAGAAUGCAUACGAGAUAUGAUUCCAACACAGGUAUACAAUGAAUGUUGCCACCGGGAAAAUAAUUGCACAAUAGUCAGACAGCAAAACAGAGCCAUUGAUUGUAUGAGCAGAAUUAUAAUGGCCAACUAUUCGUCUCUGUUUUCCGAUUCUCGCGAGGGUGGUCAAGGAACGACGGAAAUGAGUCACUCGUACAACAGAAACAGCAACAAUCAUCAACAGUGGUACGAUUUGCUGGACAAUUUAGUGGAUGCUUGUCGGAAGCAACCUAGAGCAAGGUUGCAAACUUGCAUAAGAAGUGAGCUGAUUAAACGUUGUAGAUACAGUAUGCUACAGGACCGCUUCACCAGUUAUCCCGGUCGGUGGACGUCACAGAGACGUACGGAUUAUGACUCCGGAUACAACGAUAACUAUGGACGGAUGGAUCCGAGGAGGCGUUAUCCGUACAUGGGAAGUGGACGCAGAGGUCAAGACGAGCUGAUGCUUGUGGCUCGACCAACAAAUUACGGAUUUAACUCAGAUUCCAGGCAUUAUUCAAGAAGGGAUGGAGGAGGUGGAUAUGAUGAUGCGGAUGAUGAAGAUUUCGGUUAUUCUUCUGAUAGCGACAGCUCCUUCCGGAUCCACCCUUAAAGACAUGAUUUUGAAAAAUGGACUAUGAAUGUGGACAUACUUUUUAAAAUUUAUAUUUUAACUGCACUUGCAAUAAUCACACUGGAUUUUAUACUCUUUUUUGGCACUUUUGUAAAUUGAAUAAAGUAUUUAAAAAUUGUU